UUUUUUGACACUUGGGGAGGGGGAACGGUGGUGAUCCCUAGACCCCACUGUUCGCAUACAAAAGUUCGCACCGCUUGAUAUUCCUUUGAGAACCUCACGACAUAUAUUAUUAAAGUAGGAUUCCACACUUCCAUCUUUGCUUAGUCCAACAAAAGUUAACUAUUUCUCCUAAAAACAUCACCACUUACACACCCAAAAGCUCCAAACCUAAAAUUAAAAACGAAAAAAAAAAAAAAAAUCUUGAAGUGAUGAUGAACUCAGGUAGCUUCAAAAUCAUAAUGUUUCCAUGGUUAGCCCACGGCCACAUCUUCCCGUUUCUCCAACUCGCCAAGAAACUGUUGAUGAAGAAAAGCUUCCACAUCUACAUCUGCUCAACCGCCAUUAAUCUCACCUCCAUCAACGAUUUCAUCGCUGCGAAUUCCCUCCAAAGCUCCAUUGAAGCAGUCGAGCUCCACCUCCACCCGCACCCUGACCUCCCUCCUCACCUCCACACCACCAGAAACCUCCCAACACAUCUCAACUUCUCUCUCCACAGAGCCUUCCAGACAUCCAAAUCCAGCUUCUCUCACAUCCUCGCCGCCCUCCGCCCCGACCUCAUCAUCUUCGACGUCUUCCAGCCCUGGGCCGCCGCGCUCGGCGUCCCCGCCGUCCACUUCGCCCUGCUCGGAGCCGCCACGAGAGCGUUCACCUACCACCACUACGUCGACGGCGCCGCGGCGUUCCCGUUUCCGGAGCUGCGCUGCGACGAGGGCGAGAGGAGAAGCCUCGACGAACUCGUGGAAUUCCUCAGCGCGAACGUCUUCGAUUCCAAUCCGGAUUUUGUUUUCGCGAAUUACAAGGCGUCCGCGGAGGUCGUGCUGAUGAAGACGUGCAGAUCUGUUGAAGGAAAGUACGUUGACUACGUGGAAUUUGUGAGCGGGAAGAGAAUCCUCACCGUCGGCGCGCUAGUAGAUCACGCGGCGGAGGCGGUGGCGGAGGCGGAGAGCUCGCCGAUCAUGGAAUGGCUUAGCAGAAACCCUAGAAAUUCGACGGUUUACAUCUGUUUCGGCAGCGAGUGUUUGUUAUCGGAGGGAGAAAUCGCUGAGAUAGCCAAGGGGCUCUCUCUCUGCAAAUCUAGGUUUCUAUGGAUUCUGCCGUCUCCAUCGGCGGAGCUCCUCCCGCCGGAAUUUGAGGCAAAGGUGGGGGAAAGGGGGAUGGUGGUGGCGGGGUGGGCGCCGCAGGCGAGAAUAUUAGGGCACUCUAGCAUUGCGGCGUUUGUGAGCCACUGUGGGUGGAGUUCGUUGAAUGAGAGCGUUUUUCACGGCGUGCCGGUGGUGGCGAUGCCGAUGAAGUACAAUAUGUUUGUGGAUGCGAAGAUGCUGGUGGCUGCGGGGGUGUGUGUGGAGGUGCGGAGGGGUGGGGGUGGGGGGUAUGAGGGGGCGGCAAUUGCGGUGGCGAUUGAUGGUGCGGUGUUUGGGAGGGCUGCGGAGGAGUUGCGGUGUAGAGCGAGAGAGAUGAGUGAGAAGAUGAGAGAGGAAGAGGGCGCCGGAGAGAUCGAUGAGGCGGCGGAGCUUCUAUGGCGGAUUUGUUGCAAUAAUAAGCCCACUCCUUGAAUUCCCUCAAAAAAAAAAGCCCACUUCUUGAAUCUUGCACUAUUCCGUCCACACAAAAUAGUCGUAAUACACGGGACAACACGAGUUUUAAUAAAAAUAGUUAUUAUAUUGUAAGUGGAGAAAAGAUUCACUUAAAAAAUAAUGUUUAUAAUUAUAAUUAAUUGUAUUGAGAGUAAAGAAUAGUGCUCACCAUGUAAUAGAUAGUUUCCAAAUAUGGAAAUAGAUUUAUUUUUGUGGACAUCCCAAAAUGACAAAAAUAGAUUAUUUUUUAUGGA